UGAACGUGUGUCACUUGAUCAGAGUGGGGUUAUGUCGUGAUGUUGGCGUGGUACGUUCCAGCUGUGUCCUUGCUGUCCGCAUUCGGAUGACACCGUGAGUGGACAGCAUCGAGCUGGCUGCUUGGAAGCGGGAAGUAAGAAAGGUGGUGUCGGAAUUUCGACACUUCACCUGGACGAAGCACAUCACCAUUGUGGUCCGACGACCUGACAAACAAUGCCAAAGAUCUCGAUCAGAUGCUUAAGGAUUCUGUCGUUACUGUCAGCUAUCAUUUCACUCGUAGCUCAGGGCAUCGCCCUAUGUUCUAACUGCUGGUUGCAUAGUGAAGAAUUAAUGGCCAAUCCUAAAUACAACGGAACUGGUGACAGAGAAUAUUUGUCCAAAUUUACCGUAUCGGGACUUUGGAAACUCUGUUUCAACGAUCCUGUUAAUGCAUCCGAAGUUCGUUGUUUCAACAUAGACUAUUUUCCAAAAGAGGAAUACAGUCCAGAUCCUAAUGAUUCAACCAUGGCAAUACCGUACGCAGUGAAAAGAGCAGCGAUAUUCAUCCUGGUCAGCACUUUUAUCUUGAUAAUAGGAGAAAUAUUGUGUUUUUUUGGUCAUCUCUUGAGAAGAAGAUGGGUGCUUACAUUUGCCUCUGGUAUCGCCUUUAUCCUCUCCGGUUUAUUGAUUUUAAUGGGAAUGGUCAUUUAUAUAUCGACAUUUAAAGCAGAAGUUGGGAAUAAGUUAAGGCCUAAGUCUUCCUUUCAAGGCCCCAUGUUUAAAUAUAGUUAUGGCUUCUCAUUUCUUUUAGCAGUCGUUGGUCUAAUGAUGUGCGAAUUAGCAGGAACGUUCGCCAUUUUUCUUUAUAUACAAAAAUACGAAGAAGAAAUAAAGAAAAAGGCCGAACGCCAAAAAUACGCAGAUUUUCUUCCUCAAGGGGAAGAUCACGUGCCUUGUCGACGUCAUCGUGGUAGAAAAAACAGUAGAGCACGAGAAAUGUCACGCGAGGCAUCACCGUGUCCAUCAACAAGUCGUGGACGUCGUCCUACAAAUACAGGGAUCGCGUUGUCAGAAUCUAUGCGUGAUUUAGCAUAUUGUAAUUUCCCCCCUUUCUCUAGGGACACCACGUGCAAUACUGUUUCUACUACAGCAGACAUAAACAGGGAAUAUUCACGAGAUUUUUCUUUCGAUACACUGAGGCGCACCACUCCAGUGUGACGAUUGUGCACCCCAAAAUAAACAAAAAAAAUUAAUGUUUUAAGAAGUAUCCAGGUGCUUUUUUGGUAUAUAAUUACCAUAUCAACAUAUGUUGGCAUCAUUUAGACAACGAUGUAUGGGAGCUUAGUAGGACAAUAGUCUUCCCUAUGAUGUUUCAUGGUGGCGAAGAUUUUUUCCUCAUCUAUCGAUAAUUGAAAUUCAUCAAGUGCUCACCGAAAAAACAAAACAAAAAACAUACAACGUCAUUUUACAUUUUGGAAGGCCCACUCAAAAAAAAAAAGAAAUGAAACAAAAUACAUCACCAAAAUUGCUCAGAACCUAUCCUUUGUGCCUUCCACGCUGCUUCCACGAAUGAUUUAUGUUUUAUCAAUUUCGUUCGAGAUAGUUAAGUAAAAUUAUAAAAUAUACAUACACAGGAAGAGCUCGCGUCAUAAUUGAACACCCCUAUAACCAACUCCCCUUUUGGUCCACGAAUUCAUAACUCCUCCCCGCGCUAAACAAUACAUUCUUCCUCUUUUAAGAAAACACACAAGAGAACAUUUGCUUCUUUCUUACUUUCUUACCGCAUUUAAUUCAUAGUUAACAUUUGGUAUGCAGAAAAUCGCAUAUCAUAGAGUACAUUACAACAUCGUGUUUUCAUAAUAAUCAUAUACGAAUAAGUCCAUCAUCAUACAAAAAAAACAAACAAAUAAAUAAAUAAAUAAAUAAAUAAAAAUCGAUCAUCAUUUUGCUGGAGCAAUUUCAAGACAUAAUUCCAGCCUAUCAUUAAAUAGGUGUUCAUCAAUUAAUAAAAGCCGAUAGUAGUAGAAGAAACACGUAUGAUAAACAAUACUGCAUCUCUUCGUUAUAAAGAGGGAUUCGGUGUUUUCAACUCUUUUGUAGACACAAGUAGGAAAACAAUAACAAGCGGUAUAACGAGGGUUUCUCGACAUUUUUUGCAUUUCGUGCCAUUUAGAAAUAACCAGAAAAUUGUGUCUGGCUUUAAAAAAAAAGGAUUGAAAUUAACAUUUGAAGAUUGCUUAAUUGCCCCUUUUAUUAGGGACACACUGGCUCCAGCCACUGCCAUCUACUCACGCAGCACACGUAGCUAUCCCCAUCGGCAUGUUCUUAGUCAUGUACAGAUCUGUUUUUAUAUUAUUCAUUAUAAAA